AUGGUGCAGAGGAAGAGACAAGACAAUGAGCGAAUUUUCAUGCUUCUUUUGUCAUCGUUGGUUCGAGUGGCUGGGGAGUACAGGGUUGAGGGUGGUGGGUGUGGUGGUGUGAGUGGGGGGGAGUGUGGUGGGAACUGCACGUUGCGUGGUAUGGAGGAGUGUGGUGAUGGUACGUACCUUCGGGGGUGCGGUGGUGGGGCUCCGGGGGAGUGUGUUGCGUGCCGGGGGCCCUGUGGGUCGGGUGAGGUGGAGGUAGCGGGGUGCCGUGGGUGGGGGGAUAGGGAGUGCGGUGUUUGCGGUGUUUGCGGUGCGGGGAAGUAUCGUUCGUCUUGUUUGGGGGGUGUGAAGGAGUGUUUGGAUUGCCGUGAGUGUGGUUCUGGGGAGUACGAAUUGUCAGGGUGUGAGGAUGGUGUGUUUGACCGUGAGUGCGGGGGUUGUUUGGAGGUGGCGAGUGUGGAGUGUGGGGAUGGGGAGUACCUUUUUGGUUGUGGGGUUGGGAGUCGGGGGGAGUGCGUGAGAUGUGUGGAUUGCAGCGCUGGGGAGUACAGGGUUGAGGGUGGUGGGUGUGGUGGUGUGAGUGCGGGGGAGUGUGGGAACUGCACGUUGCGUGGUAUGGAGGAGUGUGGUGAUGGUACGUACCUUCGGGGGUGCGGUGGUGGGGCUUUGGGGGAGUGUGUUGCGUGCCGGGGGGCCUGUGGGUCGGGUGAGGUGGAGGUAGCGGGGUGCCGUGGGUGGGGGGAUAGGGAGUGCGUUGUUUGCGGUGUUUGCGGUGCGGGGGAGUACCUGUCGUCUUGUUUGGGAGGUGUUGCGACCUGUUCGUUUUGCCGUGAGUGUGGUUCUGGGGAGUAUGAGUCAUUGUCUUGUGGUGGUGGGCAUGAUCGUGAUUGUGGUAAUUGUUCGGGGCUUGCUUCAGGGUGCAGCGGAGUUCUUCUUGGGUGUGGUUUUGGUUUGUUGGGGGAGUGCCACAAUUCGCUUCAAGUGGUGGUGUCAUUGAGAGUUGUUUUGGAGGCCACAGGGGAGCCCGGUGUUUUGGAGAUUGGAGCAGUGAGGCGUAUUGUUUCGUUGGAGUUUGGUGUUGUGGAGCUUUGGGUGACGGUGGGUGUUGAGCGGGCGGGUGUUUUUUGGGUUGUUGUUGUGGAUGUGAACAUGGACCUUAUGAAGCUUCUGCUGUCAGUGCCCAGGCUAUCUGGGGAGGGGAUUGCUGUGGUGUCGGUGACUGCGGAGGGGCGGUCAUUUUUGUCGCCGGUGCUCAAUCCAACAGUGAUGAUUGGGUUGGGGGUGGCUAUAUUUUGUUGUUGUUGUUGUGUGUGCUGUGUUUUGGUUGUGAGGAGGCUGCGGGAUUACGUGGGGAGUGAAGAUUUCGAGUGGGUGCCUCCGAAUGGGGAGCUUCAUGCUAGGUAUCGAAGGCCAGUUGUGGGGCGUGUGUAUGAAUCAGAGGAGAGUGCAUUGCAAAGUGAGCUUGCUGAUCUUCUGAAGAAGAAUGAUUUUGAUGGUGGUGCUGUGGUUAAGAAGAUCGAUUCUAUGUUGGAUGACGAUGUUUUUGCGGAGAGCAAUAGUUUUGACGAUGAUUUCCUCAACGGUGGUGGUGAGGUUGGGCUGAAGGACUACAUCAGUCAUCUUGAGAGUCUGCAGGAUAAGAAGGGGAUGUUGAGUUUACGUUAUUUGCGUGCUUUGAAGGGUUUCUUGACUGGGACUGGGUCUGGGUCUGCGGGUGUAACUGAGUCUGGGUCUGGGUCUGGGUCUGGGUCUGGGUCUGGGUUUGGGUCUGGGUUUGGGUCUGGGUCUGGGUCUGGGUCUGCGGGUGUAACUGGGUCUGGGUCUGGGUCUGGGUCUGGGUUUGGUGGUGUUGGUGAUGCAGUGUUGAGGGGAGGGGGUGUUGGGGGUGAGGUGCCUGGUGCUGUUCCGAAUGAUGAGGGAGUGGGUGUUGGGGGUGAAGCUUUGGGUGAUAAUUUGAAUGAUGAGAUGACCUCCUCCUAUUAUCUUUCAAUCAGGGAAUGUGGUGCAAUGUUCGAUGAGGUGUUGCAGGACAGUUCUUUGGGGGAUGAGAAGAAGAACCUCGCGCUGCAGUGUCAUCUCCUGAAGCUGUGCUACCUGUCGGCUGGGUGUAUGAGUUUUGAGACUUUGCGGGUCAAGUGUCAGGUUUUGAAGAAUAGGUCUAAAGGGGUCCCAGGGAAUGUUCCAUAUGUUCCAAAUAGUCUAAAUCAGAAACCGCCAGAGGAAUUUUUUGGGAUUCUGAUGAGAUGUGUGCGAACUCAAAAACCUUUGCCGACGCGGUGGUUUGAGGACUUGGAGAGAAGGAUUGGGAAUCAGGGCAAUAAGGGCAGUGACAAGGGCAAAAAGGGCAGUGACAAGGGCAACAAGGGCAGUGAAGAGGGCAAUAAGGGCAUUGACGAGGGCAAGUUUGUUCGUGAACAUGACAAGAUCAGGACUACGAUAGACCUGAUUCGUGGGGGUCUAUGUCUUAUGUAUCCGGAUGAGCUGCUGGUCGAUUCAUUGAUAUGUUUGCGGAAGUACCGGAGGAGGCGCAUAGUUGGUUAUGUGGGGAGCGCUCUUCAUGAUGAGUUCUUUGAUGUGCUCGACUGUGUUACGGGUCUGAUGGAGCAGGGUGUUUUUGACCUUGGGUUAUUCGAUCCUGUGUUUGAGGGGGGUUCAUCGGAGGUGAAGGUUACGAGUGUGAGAUCUGUGGAGAAGUUGCUGCGGGAGUGUGUGGGUGAACAGAAGGGUCUUUUGGCACGGGUGCGUGGGGUAUCGUUGCUUCAUGCCCUGGUGGGGGACUUUGGUGCUGCUCUUGUGGGUGAUGAUAUGGAUGAUUCUUUUGAGGUUGGGGAAGUGUGUAGGAGGCUUUCUGCUCUUACGCACGACAAGAAGAGUUUGGUUGAGUGCAUGGAGGGGAUCGGGGGGUUGAUUAAGCAGGGUGUGGGUGUGGAUGGUGUUGUAGCCUGUGCGAGGGGUGUGGGUGUGGAUUGGUUCGUGCAGUCGGUGAAGCAUGCGCUUGGGAAGAGGGAUAUGAGGAAGAUACGCCGACUUCUUGGGGAUAUGAACAAUGAUGUGGACGGUGCAGAAGCGGAGUUGUUGCAGGUUGUGGAAGAGCUAUGUGGGAUGAGGUCGUACUAUGGGUAUGCGCACGGGGACGAUCUGUACGAUCUGUGGGAUUAUGUUUUUGGCUUGGAUGACAAACGCAGAAAGGCUGUGCAUGUGUUGUCUGCGAUGAUGUCCAUGAUGGAAGAAAACCAAGACAAGUUUGUGAGCAUGAUAUCACUGCAGGAGCUGAGGCGACAGCUUCGGUGUGUGGGGGGUGUGGAGUGGAUUGGAUCUUUGAUAACCGUGGGGGUGGGAGUUGGAGUUGAUGACAGGGGUGACGGUGGGGUGGUGUCUUUGGGGGAGGAUGCUUCUUUGUGUGAGGAUUUGGAUCAGAGCGAGGUUGACAAAAAGAACCACGAGAAUCAGCGGGGAAUUCUUGAGGCCCUGUUGUCUACGGCUCAGGUCGCAUGGAUACGCAGUUGUGAUGUGGUUUUACAGAGGUUCGAGGGUAAAAAGUGGGUGGGCAGCGGUGAUUUGGAUGGUGUGUGGGGGAUGAGUCUGGAGGAACUUAUUUUGGUGCUUAGGGGGUGGGAUCGUAAGGGGGAUCUUCUACCGAAAGACUUUUUCUUGGCGUUGAAGUCGGCGUUGCAGAAGGAUGCGUAUCUUCCCAAGGAGAUUCGACGGCAGCAGAGUGCUUGUUUAGCACAAUACAAGGGGGAAAUGUGCCUUUCGGUGGCGAAGGGGGUGCGGGAUUAUUUCGAGUGUGAGAUUUUGAAUCAAGUGGAGCUAAAGAUGAGGAAGCUUCUAAGGGCUCUGGACCAUGUCACAUCUGUCAUUGAGUGUGGUUUUUUUGAGUUUGCGGGUCCGGCUGUGUUGGACGAGGGGUCUUCAUCGGUGGUGGAAGUGUUGCGUGCGUUUGAAUCAAAUCUGCAGCUGGGGAAGGGGGUGCGUGUGGGCAGGCCGAGGAGUUUGCUGCGGGGGUUGAUGUCGGAUUUUUCGCAAAGUCUUUCUGGGCUGGGUGGUCGGGAUUUAAGGUCGAGCACCCUGUGGAGAUCUGUUGUUGCAAGCUUGAGUUCGUUGACGCAUGACAAGAAUACCUUCAAUGAAUGCAUUAAAUUGAUGGGGUCCUUUGCGGCGAGUUCAGAUGGGUUAUGGCGUUUUGAGAGUGAUAUCUUGAGUCAUGCGCCUGGUUGGUUCCGGGAGGGGGUUGUGAAGUCUUUGAAGAACAGGUGUGGGGUAUCGAAGCUUGUGUGGUGGACGGGGGCCAUGGUGCAUGUGUGGGAGAGGUGGCUUAGGCUUCACUUUGAGCGUGAGAAUGGGCUUUUGCUGGAGACGAUGCGGGAUGGGGGUGAUGCAGGGGAUGGGGAGACGUGGAGAUUUAAGCUUUUCAACACCUUGCGUCAGCUGCACAAGUUCGGAUCUUACUACGGGUAUGCGCACGGGUGGGAUCUGUACGACGUUGACGUGGGGGAGGGGAGUUUGGGGGGGUCGAGGAAGGCGAUUGUGGCGAAGAUGGAGGCGUGCCAGCCGAGGCUUAUGAACAUGGCGUCUCAGACAGCUUUGAGGGAGAAGUUGGAGCAGGAGGCUGGGGGAGAAGGAGAAGGAGAAGGAGAAGGAGAAGGAGAAGGGAAGGAGAAGGAGAAGGAGAAGGAGAAGGGGGAGGAGAAGGAGGAGGAGGAUGAGGAGGAUGAGGAGGAUGUGGAAAAGAAGAAGAAGAAGAAGCAGGAGAAGAAGGAGAAGAAGGAGAAGGCGAGGAAGGAGAAGGAGGAAGCCGAGAUGAAGAGGCAGGAAGCCGAGAUGAAGAAGCCGGAGGAGGUCGAGAGGAAGAAGGAGGAGGCCGAUAGGAAGAAGCAGGAGGAGGUCGAGAGAAAGAAGCAGGAGGAGGUCGAGAGGAAGAAGCAGGAGGAGGUCGAGAGGAAGAAGCAGGAGGAGGUCGAGAGGAAGAAGCAGGAGGAGGAGAAGGAGACUGAGAAGGUGAAGGAGAAGGAGACUGAGAAGGUGAAGGAGAAGGAGACUGAGAAGGUGAAGGAGAAGGAGACUGAGAAGGAGAAGGAGACUGAGAAGGAGAAGGAGAAGGAGACUGAGAAGGAGAAGGGGAAGGAGACUGAGAAGGAGAAGGAGGCUGAGAAGGAGAAGGAGGCUGAGAAGGAGGCUGAGAAGGAGGCUGAGAAGGAGAAGGAGAAGGAGAAGGAUUCGGCUGAGAAGAAGGACGAGUGGGGUGUGGACAUUUGGGGGAUUACGAGGCGGGCUGUAAUUCUUUCCUUUAUGGGGCUGCUUUGCACGUACAUGUUGGAGGGUCAAUUACAGAAGAGUGAGAGGGUCAAGAAGGGUGUGGAGUGGCCUUUCAAAGUUCCAUUUCGAGGUCGGAGGUGA